CAGCAGCUAGUGGAAGUGGAGUAUCACCAGUUCUUCAAUUACUCCCUUUUCCCUGUCAACAAAAUCUAGGGUUCUUCUUCUUCUUCUUCCAUACAUUUUGAUGAGUUUCAUGAGAUUCUCCGUCAAAUUCUUUGCAGUUUCAGGAUUUCAGAUUAAUUAGGUUAUGUAUGAUAUAGAGGUAGGCGAUCUUCGUGAAUUCAGGCAUUGGAUUUGUUAAUGAAGCUGAUCUUUGGAGGAAUGUAGGAGAAACACCGGUAUGGUUUAAGCGUAUUCAGCUUAGAGAAAAGAGCAAUACCGUCCCUUUAGUGUCGAGCCUCCUAAUUGCAUUGCCGUUUGAAUGCGAAGUUUUUUGAAGCUGCUUUUAUCUCUUUACACAUUCGCUUGUGGUUCUUGGAGUAGUAAUUUCAUAACACAGUGAAGGGAUUAGUCAGAGUUCUGUGAGUAUCUGAAGUGGAAGAGAUUUUGGAAGUCUCUGCUUGGGUUCCCUGAAUAUGUCUUUGUUAAUUAGAGUUGGACCCGUAGAUCUAAAUGCCACAAAAAAUGUGUUCCUCUCUGCGGUACGUUAUGCAACUUCAGUUGAUGUUUCAUCUCUAAGUUUUGCAGUUCAACUUAAAACUUCGGCUCAAGAACAAGUGGACUACAUGCUAGUUGCAGAUGAAGAUAUGCCAUUAGUUGUAGCUGACAGUGAGGUAAUAUCGGAAGUUGAAAUGGGUCUUUCGAGACUGCUCUUGUUAUUCACAGAACUUUUGAUUUCUGUUCCUGUAGAAAGUGGUAUUAUGUCCGAGGCAGAUGAAAAUAUGGUCUUGCAGAGUUUAUUGGAUAUUGAAUGGAUGUGCAACAUGUUAACAAAAAUGGAACUAUUGAGGGUUUUUGUUUCAAGUUGGUUUGACGCGUCGUGUAAGAUUUUGAGUGCAAUUGAAGGCGAGAAAUUUGAUUUCAUAAUGUGGGGUGUCAAACUGAAGUUGAUAGAAAUUGCAGGGAAGGUGUUGGAUGCAGUGAGUUACGGAAAUGUGAUUCUUCCGUCUGCUAGUCGGGUUGCAUUGUUGAAAAUAUGGCUCCCGUACAUGAGAAAAAUGAAACCCCUGCUGGAUUUAAAGGUUAGUGAAGGCAUAGGUUUUACGCACAAGAUGGAUGAAACAUUGUGUGAGAGUAUCGAGGGGGCAAUGGUAUCUCUGGUAUCAGCACUGCCAUCAAAUGAUCAAGCAGAAAUUCUUUCUGACUGGAUGGUGAAGGCCAAGCAGUUAAAGUUUCCUGACCUGAGCGAGGCCUUUGAGGUUUGGUGUUAUAGAACCAAGUCCGCAAAGAGAAGAUUGCUGGCAGGAUUCAGUAACGUUGACGAAGCCACAAUCAGUCUUUGAUAGUGUUGUUGUUCUUUUCUUUUUCUUUUGUUUGAUCAGGUUGGACCUGACAUUAUUCUAUUUCAACAUAACUCGAAUUCAUUUAUAAAACGAUUUCGCAGAAUUUUUCUUGUCAAUGAGUGAGGAAAAGAAAAAGAUAGUAAUAAAAUUCUGAACCCCUGAAAUUUCAGUCA